AUGAAGACCGGUCUAACGUCGAUGCCUUUGACGCUGAUUGACUUCGGCUGGCUGCCGUCGCUGCUGAUGAAUCUUCUCUUUUGCUUUCUCUCCUUCAUGUGUUCUCUGCUGCUGCUGCACUCCGUGACGCUCAUUGAAAACAACCAGAACUUCAACGAACGCUUCGAGUACUCUGCCACGGUCCGGCACUACCUCGCUCCGUUGCAUGGCGGGGCGCCUUCUCUCAAGCGGUUUCACCCGCUGUGCAGCGCCGUCUUCAGUCAGUAUUCUGCAGGGAGCGAGGGGACGAAUGGGGCCAGGCAGGACACUGUUGCGUCUCUUUCGCGUGGAGACGACUCCGCAUCCCCCUCGCCGUCGGCGGGCUUCAGCUACCCCUACGGCCCUGCGCCUCUUCUGAGACGUUUUCUCUGCAUGGUGUCGCUCCGGAACGCUGCCCAGCAGCCUGCGGCGAGUGUAUGUACACCACAGAACACGCAGACGGGAGGAGAGGCACUGGCCGGCGCCGCGGAGGCGAAGAGAGGGGAGCGAGAGCAGAGGAGGACAGAAGAUACAGGAAAGACGCGUGCAUGUAGUGCGGCUUCGCCCUCGGUGAGCUGCGUGGCCGCGCCUUCUACAUGGUGCGUGCCGUCCGCUUCCUCGGUUUUCCUGUUCGUCGCGUCUCUCUGCAAUUUGCGGAAAGGAUGGUCCCUCGCCGUGGGAGUGGCGACUUCUCUCUACAGCCAGGUCGUCCGGGGUGUACACAGCGUCAUCACCCGAGCCCCGCCGCUGCUGCCGCCAAGCUUUCCGCGGACCUUCACCAUGCUGCUGCACUUGAACACUUUCCUGUCCACCUGUUCUGCCGCGCUGCUGGUGGCCUAUUGUAUCGAUUGUCUCUUUCUGACGGGCUUUUCCUUCACGCUUUUUCUCCCCCUUCUGCCCACGGACAUCAAUCCCUUCCAGUCGGUCUGUGGAGCUCUCGAGUGGCUGGGCUCGCUCUCUGCGCUUCUGCUGCGGCCGCUUCUGGUCCUUUUCGACGUGGUUGUCUCCUUCCUCCUCGCCGUCGUUUCUCUUGGCCACGGCCCGCUGUCGCUUCUCGCGCCCUGGGUCCCGAGCUGGGUGUCUCUCGACGGCGACUUCGCGUCAGUUUCAGGCGGACUGCUUGGAGAAGCGCAGACAGGGCUCGAGGGAUUGUGGAUGUCGCUCUCGGUCCUUGUCGCUGCCAUCACGAACUCGCUGUCCCUGCCGCUUGCCUACGUCCCGGCGGGCGUUUCGUCUGCGGUCUCCCAGUUUCUUGCGAGUCUGCCCGAAGCCUUCGUUGCCGGUUACACCAAAGGCAGCGGAACGCAGCCCUACGCGGUCCCCUCCCUGCCGUUUCUCUACGCCCUGCCCAGUCAGCGGCAGAUCGAAGAAGUGUUCUCCGGUGUAUGUACACCGAACUGUGACGGGGCUCCGGCGCCGGCGUCGUCUUCCCUUCUGCCCGCCGUGGUGAAGGCGUUUUUCCUCCCGGGCGGCAACCAAAUGGCGGAAAGCCACUCGGAAGCGACUUUGUCCGACCUCGCUGCAGCCGCCGCCGGACAGAGCCUCGGGACCGAGGCCAGUGUGUGUACACCGUGUGUCGGCCACAUGGGAAUCACUCUCGGGUACGCCGUUACCGCCGGCAUUUGCUUGCAUUUGGCUGCCGCCGAUCUUCAAGAUAACAUGCAGCUCCAGUUUCUCUCCUUUGGAGCCAUUGUUGCCGCCGUCUUCCAGAUCACAGGCUCGGCUGCUCUCGUCCUGCUGCGACUCUCCUCCGCGUCUUCCUUUUCGUCGCUCUUCGCGUUCACGGCCUCGUCGCCCCUCUCUGCGCCCCUCUCUGCGGACGGCGCGAGUCCUGUCCCCACACCUAGCGAAGGGUUGCUGGGUCCAGAGGGCACUUGCGCGGCCAUCCCGCAGAUGCCCGGUCUCCGCACAUCCGGCCCUGCUGCCGAGAGGAUGGUGAGCGGGGCGCCGCGUCUCCCGAGCGCGGCCACACUCGCGCACGAGCCAGGCAAAGCGUCGGGCGUCCUCUCUUCGCCGUGGCCUUCCGCAGUCGUUCGGGGGAGCGGCAUAGGCAGUCUCGUCUCCACGUUUGUCGACGCGUACAGCUUCUCCAACGCACUCCCGACUUGGGCGAACGAAAUCAAAGACGACGUCCCGGUGACCCGGACGAUCCUCACGAGCACGGCGUUUUCCUGCGCCGUGUAUUUCCUCUUUGGCUUCCUGUGCGCGGCGGCCUUUCCGGCCCCCUCGGCCUCCUCAAACGUCCUCGCCGCCAUGCUGCCGUCCUGCACGUCCUUCGUGGCCGUCGCCUGCAUCUGCUUCUUCCACGUUUUCGCGCUGCUGCCAAACAUCGUCACGGGGCAAAUCAGCUGCCGGUACGAUCUGAUCAACAUGGCGAUAUGCAUGGACAAGCAGUCGGCGUUUUUCACUGCCUCGAAGCUUCCGUGGUUGUUGUAUUGGCUCUUGACGUUUAGUCCCGUGUUUGCGCUCCCGUCGUCGCUCCUCACGCUCUCCACGAACGUCCUGCUGAACUUUGCGGCCCCGGCCGUGGUUUUCAUCUACGCGUUGCACGCGUGUGCGGAUGGCGGCGACUUUCCCGACGCAGAAGACCUCGACGCGAAACUCCUGGCUGAUAGCGAGUUGAGCAGUUCUCUCCUUUUGAGCAAAGCGGAGCGCGAGGGCGGCAGCGAUUUCUCGGGCGAAACCGACGCGCAUGGCCUCUCGCCUUCGCCAGACUGGGCGUCGGAGUCGGCGCCCCGCGCGGGCCGCGGAAGUUUUCUGUCUCUGUCCCCCGAAACGCGCGCCGGCUUUUCCGCAGACUCGCCGACGCUCUCGACUCCCGUCCACCCUUCGCGCCUCGUCGGCGAUUCGCUCUCGACCGCGGGAUCGAUCGCGAGUGUCUCCUCGCCAGGCAGCCGGCUCGCCGUCGAUGCCAGUGGCUGCGCGGGCGCUUCCGGUCUGAAGAGUUGCCUCAAACCCGCAGUCGCGGGCCUCCGCUCCCAGGGCCGAAAGAAGACAGUCAUCACCCGCAUCGACGCGGGCGCUUUCGCGGGACACAGCGCCGGAGACGAAGAUGGUCUGCACAGACUGCGAAUGGAGGCGGCAGAAGCAGGAAGCCGCCGCGGGUCCGGCGGACCGCAUCCGGAAGGUUCGGGCGCGAUGGGCGCCUUCGGGGGCGCCUCGGACGGAGGGUCUCCGAGCGCGUUGAAACGCGCGCAGACUCAAGAUGUGCUGCGAUCGGCAAAGGCCAGCGGCAUCGGCUCCUCGUCCCUCGAACUCCACAGGGGCGGCCCCAGCCACGGGAACGCCCAAGGCGGGGGCGCGAGCGGCAACGCCGGCAUGGCGCGCGUCUCGGGCGCGGUCGCGGGCGGCGGGUGUGCGCGGUCGCGGGAGGUCCAGAGACAACUCCACGAAUGGCUGCAAGAGUACUCGCGACAGUUGCCCGACAGCGAAGUCGCGCAGCUGCUCCAGCGGCAGCAACAGGAGGAAGAAGACGAGCGACGCAGACUGAAAGAGGAAGAAGACGAGCGACGCAGACUGAAAGAGGACGAAGACGAGCAAGAGACCCGCCGCAAACAACUCGGGAACGCCUGGCUACGCCGCCAGGCCCUUGGAGAGAUGUCCCCCAGCGAAGACGAAAAGGAGCAUGUAGGCGAGAAGGAAGAGACAGACGAGGAAGGGGGGAAAAACGCAGAGGUAAACAAAGAGGCAAACGAAACGGCGAAGGACGGAAAGGGAGAAGACGCGAGAACCGAGGUCGACGAUGGCAACGUUGAUUUGUCGAAGAAUCAGGACACAGCAGACGUGUCCUUGGAGCCAGAGGCGGACGCCCAGACACAUCGAGGGGAGGGCGCGAAGGCCGAGGCUGAGGCAACCACGAGUGUCCCUGUUUCGUCGUCGAUAUCGACGGCACAUGCCUCUGUCAGUGGAGUCACAGUCAAGGCCUCAGACCAGCAGGGGAGCGCGGCGGGCGAUGCAGAAGAGAGCGCGGCGGGCGAUGCAGAAGGGAGCGCGGGAGAAACGGGCACGCAGGAAGCGGGAUCUGGCCUUCUGGGGGACUCCACAGACGACGGCACUCGGGACAGAAAUGGAGGGCAUCCUGCGACCGGAGACACCCCGGAGGAGACAAAACGCGAGAAGGAAACCAGUGAAGGCGAGGCGGUGACGCCUGUGCCUCUGGGCCCUGGAGAAAUCCCCGUGGAGUUCGCGGCGGCGAGCGCGGCCAGCCGCUUUGUCAGGAGGCAAGUCCGGACCCGUCGUGUCGACGCAGCCUCGGCCGCUUUGGAGGCCAGGCAAAGGGUGAAGAGAGAGGAGCAACAGCGCGCGGCAACGAGAGACAGGGAGGCGCCUCUGGGUGGCGAAGCCGCCGGCGAGGACAAGGACGUUUCAGGAGAGGAUGAGGGAACGCAGGGCGAGGCUGCAGUCUCUCGAGAAGCGACAGUAGUCGAGUUUUCAGAGUCGGCUUCCUCACAGUCUCUAUUGCCAGGGGAGUCGGUUUCUGUGUCUCCGAUCUCUCGCACGCUGUCGCCUUCCGCCCCAGAGGCGUCCCUGACCGGGCCUCUUCCUUCGGGUGUCUCCCAGUCCCCAGCAGCCUUGGCGCCUGGGGAAAUCCCAGUCGAGUUUGCUCCCGCUACCGCUGCCAGCGCCUUUGUUCGCCGCACGGCGAAGUCUGCGCGGAUCGACUCGGUGGCGGUGGCCCUCCAGAAGAAGAGGGCGGAGCGGCAGCGGAAGCAGGAGAUGGAACGGCAGGAAAGAGAGACACAAGUCGCCGUAGGCGAAGCCAAACGCGAGGCGGACCCAACUGACAGCUGUGCGACAGAGAUGGAAGACGAGCACACCAAUGGCCCCGCUUCGCCGUCUCCUCCGUCUGCUUCUCCGUCUUCUCGUCCGUCGUCUUUGCCUCUUUCCCUAUCGGCGGACUCUCCACGAGUGGAGACCCCAGAGCCGUUUUACGGGGCCUGCAGCGAGGAGCGGAACAAGGCGCUGGGGUCGGAGACAGGCAGUCCCUUUUCGGUGGGUUCGCUUUCUGGUCAGAGAUCCUUCGAGACAGUUGUGGGCGCGGGCAGUCGUGUGUUCUCGUGGCAGUUCCUCCGACGAGCGGCGGAGAGUUUCAAGGGGGUUCGUCUCGCGUCGGUGUUCACGCCUCGUCCGCGAGAGGGCCGACAGUUCGGCGACACGCCUUCGCGGCGGUUCUGGUCCCUGUGGAGUCGCAGCGGCAGCGAGGAGUCUGGGGACGGUCGAAGCCCCGCAGGCCUCUCGUGUCAGUCUCUGGUGCGCCAGUGCACGAGUCGCCUGACGCUGCAGAUUCCAGGCGCUCUCCGCUUCGCGCAGGAGACCAACUCUCGGCGGGGCUCGACGUCGACCUACGCGUCGGCUUCUCAGGCGGGAGAGGAAACCGGCCCGCGUGUCGUCGUCUUCUCCUGGCUUCCGACAGUUGAGCAGAAACUCGUCGCGACCUACGUGCUGCUGCUGGUCAUCUGCUUCUGCGCCGUCGCGGCGCUCGCCGAGGACAUGCACGCCUUCUUGGAGGCCCUCGUCGCGCACGCGUCGCGCGCAACCGUCUGGCUCUUGCGCCUCUUUCUCGGCGGCGUGUGGGGGACUGCGUCGAGGGGCGCGCAUGCGCUCGUCGGCCUCCUCGCCGGCGUCGUGCCCGGCGCGGUCUCUGCGCGGGCGGCGGAUCUUGUCGCGUGGCUGCUCGCGUGCGUCUCCAGUCUCGGCGACGCCGUCGGUCUUCUGCCGAUCCCUUCCCUUGAUGGCCCCGCAGGCUUCGCCCUGGGCCUGGUGUCCCUCGCCGCGAAGUCCCCCCGCGCGGCGCGGCUCCUCGGGCCGCUCUGGAGGCUCUGGGGCGCGCCAUCUGCCGCUGGAGUCUCGGAGGGGAGCGCGGCGGACCCGUCCAUGCCUUGUGCGUCGGCCGCAAACGACGGCGCAACAGCGUUCCUGCCCAACGCAACGGAUCUCGAAACGGGAGACGAGGAAGGCCUCUGGUCGUUCGAGGCGUUCUUCCUCUCGCUGAUUUCCCUCCUCGUGACAGCUGUCCCGCUCUUCGUCUACGUCUCUCCCGCGAGACAGAGAGAACGGAGACGGAAACGUCUCAUGCAAAGGCGAGUCUCCGCCGACAGGCCGGGGGUGAGACGCUUGGACCCGGCCUGGUGA